AUGUCAUCCAUCGAGGAUCGUGCACCUGGGAUAAGCGGCCAUGAAUCCGAAAUGUUCGUGAGCCCGAUGCCACGUCUUCAUCAACCGCCUGUUCCCUCACAUGCAGGGAAUCAAUUAACUGCCCCUAACAACUCUAUAAAUAUCAGAGACCCAUCAGAUACUGAGACCAAAAAUGAGUACCAAAUACUAUCUGGUGUGCUCCUCGGGGUGGUGCUUCUUAGCAGCACUGCCUCACUAGCUGACCACCAUGAGCCUUCCAAACAUGACCCCAAAUCUCUAUUUCACAAGCCCCCUUCUCCUCCUAAACACAAACCUCCCACCCCACUUGAUCACGGGGACAAGCCAUUCCUUGAACACAAGCCACCUCUCAAGGGCAAAGGAGAGAAGCGUUCACCAGAACACAAGCCACCACAUGAGGGUCAUCAUGAACGGCAUUUAGCUAAAAAACCAAGUUUAGAUGGUACACCUCCUAAGAGAUUAGAAAAGCCUCCACCCCCGAAAUACAAGCCACCAAUCAGCUUAAUUGACAAAGAAGAGAAGCCAUUCCCAGAACACAAACCACCUCCCAAGGGUAAGGGAUCAGAGAAGCCACCACAUGAUCAUCACCCUGGACGCCAUUUACUAGAGUCGUCUUUCCAUGAACAAAAUUUACCAAGUUUGGAUGGCAAACCUCCAAAGGGUAAGGGUGAGAAGCCACCUCCAAAACACAAGCCAACCUCAUUACCAUCACCCUGGACACCCUUCAGUGGAGGAUGUCAAAGUCUCCCACAACACACCUCAAAAGUUGAAGCCUCCAACCACGCCCGAAAAGAAGCCGUCGAGUUCCCCUCACAAGCCACCCCACAAACCUCCAUCAGCCAACUGAGUACUGCAUGUUUAUAUAUGUUAGAAAUAAUAAGAGCUGCAGCUUAUGUUACUUUUCAUUUUCAUGUUAGUCACUGUUCUUACUAG